AUGGGGGAAUUGUUGAUCGAAAAGGCGCUUGGGCAGCUAACGUCGGACAAGCAGAAGGAGCGCACCGACGGUCUAGCAGACCUCAAAUAUAUAUUACAGCAAAACAAGGGAAGCUCGAGACUCUCCGACCUCAAUGACAAAGCCUGUCACAAGAUCUUUGAGUCUUUAUUUCGAUUUAUUGCCUCAGAGAGACCCGCUUUCAAUCGAGCCCAACAAUCAAAUUCAAGUUCCAGAAGCCCCGCCGUCUCCCGCCUAUCCACAUGUGCCUCUGUCAUUCGAACGGCUGUGGAUGUCUUCCUGCGCAACCUAAGAACCAAAACGGUCCGCGCGAUCAUUGAUCAUAUCACAGAUACCAUACCCGUGCCAGGAGAAGGCCUAUGGGAUGUUCUUAGCGUGGAUUAUACUAAAUGCCUGACCUCAUUAGUUCGCUACGCGCCUCACAAUGAACACCUGGGCGAUGCGGAAUGGGAAAAGCUCAUCGAAUUUUGCCUAGCAGUCAUCAACACCCAGGAGGGCGAUGAAAGCCAGCUCAGUAUCAGAGGUGAUAAUAGGUCCCCAGAAGACCUACUGGAUGCCAACAACAGUCGUUCAACACCAGUCAGACUAACGACUCCCGCGCCUGCUGCUAGGAGAAAGUCUGCAAGCAAUAUCAAUAUCAAUAGCAUAGGUGAAGUGGUGGAAUGUGUCCAGCUUCUGACAGUAAGCCCCAGUGCUCCUGUCCAGGCUGCUGCUGAGACUAUCUUGCAAGCCCUGGUUGAAUUUGUCAAAACUUCCCCCGCGAUUGCAGGGAACAUGCAACAAUUGGCAUUUACCAGCAUCAAUGCAGUGGCCCUGAAAAUUUUAUUUGACCAAUCCGACCUCGUUAGAUCAUCUACUUUGGAGCUUAUACCCGUGGUUCGACGCCUGUGGCCCACAAAACUCCCGAGACUAAGGGAUGAGCUGUUGAUCACGAUGAUGGUUUGGACGGUGGUUUUGUUUGAUGAGGUUCAAGAAGAUCCAUCCGAGACAGUCACACGAUCAAUUGAAGACUUGGUUGAUACUUUACAUUCCGAGUACCUGAAGCGACCAGAGAAAGAUCUGCUCCAGAUUGACGAUAUUACCUUGGACAGUACACCAGUGAAAAGUAACCGUCCUAUCUACGGACCGCGCCUCGGGAGUUCCCGAUCGGAACACAACUGGACAGUUCUUUGGUCCAUCGCAAAUCUUUCAAAGCUUUCAGGAAAGUUACAUAUUCACACUCAUGACAACGAUGUUGCAGACGACAAGCCAAGCAAAAGACGACGUUUCAAUUCUGAAGCCGAUGACAUUUUUCGGGAUGCAGUAUCGGCAACAGGCACACGGCGGGUUUGCGCACUGCAACUAGUUCCGCUCCUUGUGAAUGAGCGGAGCAUUGAGCAAAAAGAAGAUCUAAUCCAGCGGCUUGUCCCGAAUAUCCUCGACGACAACAGUGCUGUCUCUUCGUGGACUAUGGUGGCGCUGGCCAGUCUUGCCAUUGGCUCCGACGCUCAACGACCAAUAUUGAAAAGCACGUGGGUACGCGUUAUGGAUCUUUCAUCUCGUGUGAUAUCUUCAUUUCCCACUUCGAGGGCCGCCUGCAAUCUAAUGGGCUUGAUCCUCGAGGCAGACCUGUUGGAAAACUCUGUUGUUUCGGAUUAUAUACGUUCAAUGUUGAUGUCUGCGAAUUUACAUGGGCCCUCUUCAAUCUCAGACGCCUCGUUAAGCCUUUGGGUCUCCAUAGCGCGGCGAAAAACACAAUUGAAUUUGGCGUCUGUGCAAAAUGCGUCAAAGCAGAUAUGCAGCUGGCUGAGGGAAGUAUGGACAAUUGUGCUGGCACCAACGGGGCCUAUAGCUGGGACGUGGCUCUUGUUCCACGAGAACAGGGAGCUUCUAGAAUAUCUCUUCAGUGUCGACAUGGCUUUCCAGAAUUCCAACCCUUGGGGUAGACAAGGUUCAUGGGAUCUGAGCCCUUCGCCUCGACAAGAUGCCGAUGACCUCGUAAUACUAGAGCUCCUGAAAUCAAAAGGCGAAUUCUUUGUCCAGGCCUGGCAGACGAUCACCGCGGAUAAAUCCGUUCAUCUAACUACAGAUAUCUUACAAAUCCUGACAUCGUUUUGCACCACCACAUCUCUUUUUCUGGCUUGCGUGCCCGAUAGGCUUGAGUUCCAGAGCGAAGAAAUUCUUCAUAAUUGCCAAUUUCUCUGGAAAUCCAUAUGCGAUUCAUGUGCAGUCUCUGGCCCAAUGUCUACUAUUCCAUGUCUCGAAAUCUUGUCAUCGAUUCUUCCGUCAUCCCUACCCGCCGCGGACGAUAUCCGCUGGAAGGCUCUUUAUCCACUGAUGGUUCCGCUCUCUGACCUGCUUGAGAGCUUCCGUGACAGGAAGAAGAUAGACCAAUCCUUACCCAUUGAUUUUAUGGAUCUGGACGAUCCCAUGACAAGUCGAGAAAAUGGAGCGUCCGCAGAUCUAACCUUAAUUCCUCAGAACCGACAAUAUGGCAGAUUAAUUACGGAUACCUCUACAUUUCAACGCCUCCUAACUAUCCAAGUGUCGGUUCUUAGGAAGUUUCAUGACAAUAACAGUGGAUUGGAGCUGUCGAUUUUGGUCGAGUAUCUGCUUGGUUUAGAUGAGGCAGACCUUCUUUGCGCAUCCCAGUUUUUAUCUGAUCUCUAUCAUGGUAUGUCAGCAGCAAAAAGGGAAGAAAUUCUGCAAGUCCUCGAGCAUGUUGGAGAAAAAUGCCUCCAGUCAUAUGAAAUGGAACGCUGUGAGGCCUCUCAUGGUAUCUGUGUUCGCAUGAUGUCAGGCUUUGUAUCAUCUUGGGCAAUCAAUCAGAACGACACGCUCAAUGAAUCGGCCAUGGAUUUGUACGAUUGGUUCAUGCAGGUUCUACUGACCAAAAAACGAGCAUCGCCAAGAGUUUACAUCCUACUGCUGGAGCUUUUGCACGCCGUGCUCAAUGCUUGUCCCUCAUACGGUUCUGAUCAGCUUCUUCCGUCACCGCGCACAAGCCUUUUCGAGAUUUUGCAAGAAGGGGAUAUUGUUGUCAAAUUCACCGCCGCAAGACUGACUCCAAUCCUCUUCGAGCGAUUCUCUUUCAAGGAUCACGAUGCCAUGUUCGAUGACGUGCUAGAAAGUUUGCCCAGAGAUCCAGACUGGAUUGAGGGCAUUGCCCUUCGCCUUUUUGUCUUGUCUCGGCUGGCCUCAAAAUGGCACACUUUGCUGCGAAGAAGUAUAUAUCACAUGUUUGAAACCCCAGCUCAGGUCCCUCUUUCUCUGGGAUAUGCCCGGAAAUGUGUGAAAUCCGUUUCGAAUGCGCUUGGUCUAGGCAGCCCACAAGAACUAUUUCGCCUCUUUGCCUCUCAAAUUCUCUACACCUGGACAGAAACGCAAAGUGUCAUGUCUAUGCCGUUUAGUAUGUUCGCAUAUGUGAGUCUCCAAGAAAUGUUGGCAGAUGUCAAGGAGGAGAUCACUGGACAAAUGAUGAUGCGAGCCAAGGAGUCUGAAACUCAUGAGCUCGCGUCUUACCUGAAUGAAGACCAUCAGGAGCUCAUCAGGAGUUCAUUCUCCAAAGCAGAAGCUUACAGCAUUGCUCGCGACAUUAGCAUACCCCCAGAACAAGGAAGUCAACCCAAAGGCGUCGAAGUUCUACUCCGAAAAUUACUAGGCGCUGAUGGGUUUCUGAAAGAGGUCGAGACUCACUUUCCCAAUAUCAUCGUCACCUUCUUUAAAUCCCUUGAUCGCUAUGAUCAGAUCGAGCGAGCUUUCUCAAAGCGGCCAAGCUUUCGUUAUGCACUUGAAAUUCAGACGUGCAUUCUCCAUAAAUGUGCAACGGAGAGCACUUUGCCUCCCGGCCAACAACCCUCCUUUCGAGCCCGUUAUCUCCUUGAUGAACUAGACUUUCUCUGCAAACGCACGGGAUUUGAGGUUGAGUCAAUCUGGACGCCUACACUUGUUACCUUUGUCUGUCGAUCUCUUCUGGAAUCAAUACACCCUGCCCUUGGCUCUCUUCACAUGUGCUCUGUGAUUCGAAAAAUCAGAAUUCUUGUUUCUCUAUCGGGGCCAAUAGUGCUCCAAGACUAUCCUUUCGAAAUGCUACUUCACUCCAUUCGCCCACUUUUGGCGGAGAUCCAGUGUUCCGAAGAUGCACUGGGAAUAUUUUGGUAUCUCCUUGAAGCUGGAAAGCCAUAUUUGACUGCGAACCCCGGCUUUACGGCUGGAAUAAUCCUUACCACGUUUGUGACCCUGCGAAAAUUAUUCUCCUUGAAGGUGGGAGAUAAUACAGAGGAACGCCAGUUCAAGGCGGCCUUAAAGAGCGCUCAAAGAUUCCACGAAUGGAUGUGUGGGUUGGCGAAAGAGUACAGCUCGCCGGAAUGGGAGCCCCAUGCCCAGGAAACCUUCCCAAGGCUUUUAGCUUUGGCUAAAGACAUAUCGGCACCGGAUGGCUCAUCUAGCAUGAAGAAUGAAAAGAAGUUGGUUCUUGAGGUCCUUACAGAUCGUCAGUCAGUACAGCCUCUCAUGGGAGAAGCGAUUGCGGAUGCUGUUCUCUCCCUACUGUGUCCUGAAUUCAAUUGGUCGUUUAAUGUCGGUGACGAACGUGCUGAAGAUACAUUAAAUUCGACCUCUCAAGUUAUUUCACUGUGGCAUACUCUACACAAGUUUGAUGGUGGAGCGGAGUACCGGCUCUGGGCCGCCUCGGUCAUCGGACGCUCAUUUGCGAAAACGGGGAAAGUUGACGACAACCUUUUACGAGAGCAGGAUCUCGAUGUUUUCGGAAUCGUCGAGCUGAGUGACCAGUCAAAUAUCUUCUGCUACUCCAAAGCUCGAGUAAUUCAAGCCCUGUGUCAGAAGUUACAAAUCCAAGACAACAGAGAAGCCGGAUUGAUCGAACACACAUUACAACUUAUCUUGAGCAAGAUCCCUGAAUUCCCAGACCUCCAAGGCUGCGCCGAGGUUAUUCCAGAAUCGCUGAUGAAAGCCCUCAUCUGGAAUCCUUACACCUGUCCCACAAUACCCCUUUCGCCGUCGGAGCUAGAGAGAUGCAACCAAACAGAUAUAUCAGCUGCCGGGCUCACAGUCGCCGAGUGGGCCCGUACAGUUUCGCUCUUCCUUUCCAAUGCCGCAUUAGAAGAUCCUGUAAUUGGGCCAUUGCGCAAGAUUCUCAACGUUAUUCCCGACCUAGCUGUUCAGAUCUUACCAUACAUCAUUCAUGACGUGUUGCUGGCGGAAGGGGAUGAAAAGGGCCCAAUGAGACAAGUCAUUUCAGAUUCGUUCAAGCAAAUCUUGAGCGAUGUGCGCGAGGGAAACGUUUUGCAUGCCCGACUCGUCAUCACGUGUGUCUUGUAUCUGCGCAAUCAGCCAGUGCCAGACGAAGUCACGAUCGUCCAGCGUGAUAGAUGGCUCGACAUAAAUUUCGGCGAAGCAUCCUCCGCGGCACACUACUGUGGCCUACAGAAAACAUCUCUCUUGUUCCUCGAGAUCGAGGCAUCCAGGGCCAUUGGGGCUUCUCGGCGCGCUUCUGUUGCCAAAUUCGAACCACCAGUUGGGUUGCUGCACAAUGUCUUCAAACAUAUAGACGAUCCAGAUCUUUUUUACGGGAUCCAGCAGAGCUCUUCACUGGAUACAGUUAUGGAGCGACUGGAGUACGAGAGCUCGGGUUUCAAGAAUCUGCUUUUCCAGAGUGCUCAUUAUGACAGCGAAAUUCAGAUGCUGGGCCACGGGAAUGCUUACGGAGUCCUUAAAGCCCUCAACUCCACUAAUCUUCAGGGUAUUGCCAAUACGAUGGUGACUUCCUCGGGAACUGCGAAGGACAUGUCGAUCUCUUUUGAUAGCACCUUAAAGGCCGCAACGAACCUUCAGCAAUGGGACAUUCCUAUCUCGCCCUUUGAAUCAUCGCCACAAAGCAUGAUAUUCCGCGCAUUUCAGAGCCUGAACACAUCUUCUUCCUUGUCAGAGAUCAAUACUUCUAUCGACAGCUCUCUUCUUGUGACUCUUGAUGCUGUCAUCGAGAAUGGGCAAUCGGCCAUGCAACUACGAUCUGCGAUGCGUAGCCUGGGAGUUCUGACAGAGAUGAGUGAUCUCCUCCGGUCGUCAUCUUCCAAUGACAUGCGGAAUAAAUGGAAUGAGAUCAUCGGUCGGAGCAGCUGGCUAAGUACUGAAAGCUACCAUGAAGUUGGAGAGAUUUUGAGCUGGCACGAGGGCCUUUGUUCCUCGAUAAGAAAGAACGAUGCCUUGCAAUCGUGUUUGAAUUUGACCCUGGGAGACUCGCGUCUUCUUGAGGCCAAAGUCUUUCGCCAGUCGCUCGAAAUUACAAGGAGUCAUGGAAUAUCACAGGCCUCACUGAAAGCCGCGAUCAGUCUUUCCAAGCUCUCUGAGCCCUGUGCCAAAAUGGGAAUCAACAUUGAUGGUGCAGCGCAAUUUGAUCUUGCAAAUGUUUUGUGGGACCAGGGCGAAAUGACAGCUUCGAUCGGAAUGCUACAGCAACUUAAGGGUCACAACGAUCUACAUAAGCAGGCAAUCCCUCUUAGUCGUGCCGAGUUGCUCGUGACUUUGGGUCACCAUGUCGCCGAGGCUCGACUGGAGAAACCAGAAGCAAUUCUUCAGGAUUACUUGUAUCCGGCAGUUAAAGAGCUAAAAGACUCAUCAGAUGGGGAAGCAGCUGGACGAGUAUAUCACGGGUUCGCUGCAUUCUGUGACCAACAGCUCCUCAACCCGGAUGGCUUAGAAGACUUCAGGCGAGUGCAACAGCUUCGUGAUCGCAAAGAGAAGGAGCUCCAGGGUCUUGAAGAGAUGAUGAAAACUUCCACGGGCCGCGAAAAGGAGUCUAUGAAACACUUCCGAGCCAAAACAAAGCAAUGGUUCGAUCUCGAUGAUCGCGAAUUUCAGCGUCUGUCACGAAGCCGAGAAGCGUUCUUACAGCAGUGUCUCGAAAACUACCUCCUUGCAUUAAGGGAGAGUGAUGCAUACAACAACGAUGCUUUACGAUUUUGUGCGCUCUGGUUCGACAAGUCAGACAGCAAGAUCGCGAACACUGCAGUCUCUCGCUAUCUGAACGAUGUCCCAAGCCGGAAAUUCGCACCUCUCAUGAAUCAGUUAUCUUCUCGACUGCUCGACGUGCGAGAUGACUUCCAGACAUUAUUGACGGGGUUGGUCUUUCAGAUUUGCGCUCAGCAUCCAUUCCACGGAAUGUAUCAAAUCUUUGCUAGUAGUAAAUCUAAGGGAGGCAAAGACCAAUCCUCACACUCCCGUUUCCUCGCCGCCAACAAACUUGUGGAUCGCUUGAAGAAUGACAAGACCAUCAGUCCAACCUGGAUUGCUGUUCAUAAUAUGAACAUCACAUACGUACGGUUUGCUGUUGAUCGAAUGGACAACAAAUACAAAAGUGGAGCCAAGAUUGCCUUGAAAAAGCUGCCUACAGGUGAGCGUCUUGGCCAAGACGUGACAACUUACAGGCUUCCUCCGCCCACCAUGAAAAUUAAACUUCGAGAGGACUGUAAUUACAGCAAUGUUCCUACAACGGCCAAGUUCCAGUCCGAGUUCACACUUGCGUCAGGUGUCAGUGCACCCAAGAUUGUUACUGCGAUCGCGAGUGAUGGUGUCCGCUACAAGCAGCUGUACAAAGGAGGAAACGACGACCUUCGUCAGGAUACGAUCAUGGAACAAGUCUUUGAGCAAGUCAGCAGCUUGCUCAAAGACCAUCAGCCCACUCGGCAACGCAAUCUCGGGAUCAGAACCUACAAGGUUCUUCCUCUCACUCUCAAUGCAGGAAUCAUUGAAUUUGUUCCCAACACCAUUCCUUUGAAUGACUUUCUAAUGCCUGCGCACCAGCGGUACUUUCCAAAGGAUAUGAAGCCCAACUCCUGCCGGAAGCAUAUUGCAGAUGUGCAGACCAAAUCAUUCGAGCAACGCGUUAGAACAUACCGUCAGGUUACAGAACACUUUCACCCUGUCAUGAAAUAUUUCUUCAUGGAGAGGUUCAAUAACCCAGACGAUUGGUUCAGCAAGCGAAUUGCGUACACGAGGAGCACUGCUGCAAUCUCGAUUCUCGGUCAUGUUCUUGGACUUGGCGACCGACAUGGCCACAACAUUUUGCUCGACGAGGAGACUGGAGAAGUGAUUCAUAUCGAUCUGGGUGUGGCUUUCGAACAAGGCCGUAUCUUACCUGUCCCCGAAGUCGUGCCCUUCCGCUUGACUAGAGAUUUGGUUGACGGAUUCGGUAUCACCAAGACCGAAGGAAUCUUCAGAAGGUGUUGUGAAUUCACGCUAGAGGCCCUCCGACAAGAGUCCUACAGUAUUAUGACAAUUUUGGACGUUCUUCGUUAUGAUCCGCUCUACAGCUGGACCGUGUCGCCCCUACGAAUGAAGAAAAUGCAGGACAAUCAAGAGGGUGGCGAUGAGCCACCAGUACUUACCGGGACCACUGACAGAAGCUCGAGUCUGACAAAUGAGCCGAGCGAGGCGGAUCGAGCUUUAACCGUCGUUGCUAAGAAACUGAGCAAGACACUGAGUGUGACUGCUACGGUUAAUGAGCUUAUCCAACAGUCAACAGACGAGAAAAACCUCGCUGUUCUAUACUGCGGAUGGGCGGCUUAUGCUUAG